AUGGAGUUAUUUUUUCUCUUUUUGAUACUACUACAGUUUUUAUCAACUUCAGCUGGUGUUUCUUUGGAUUGUCCAGGACUUCAGCUUUGCUCCAGUACUAAUUUAACAGCAACUUGUCAAGUAUCGAGUAAUGUCAUUGCCUGGUUGAUGAAUGGGGUCCACGUAAAGUCUUACUCCAUUAACUCUGACUUAGGAGAAACUUACAAUAGUGGAUCAAUUCAAACUACACUAGUCGGUCGGAAUCCAACCAUAUCUACAUUAUCCAUUAGUAUAGUGGCUAGUAAUUCAAUGGAAGGAUUCAGUAUUAGAUGUGCUGAUGGACUCAGUGGAAGUUAUAAAGAAUGUGGGAUACAGUUUAUUAACCGUCCAAGUCCUCCAGCUAAUAUAACAGUUACUAAUAUUACUGAGAGUUCUAUUGGUCUUGAAUGGAGUCCACCAGCUUCCCUCUCUACUGCUCCUAUUACUGGCUACAUUGUUAAUGUGUCCUAUGUAAAUGGAACUAGUUUCAACUGUCCUGUCCAUCAGUGUAACCUGACAACUGGUGAUACUAACAAGACUCUAAUAUCAGGACUUAAGAAUGAUACUCAAUACUUGCUCUCAAUCUCUGCUAUUAAUUGUAUUGGUGAAGGUAGUUACAGUCCUGGGAUACAAGUCACUACUGGUAAAUCAUCUGUUCAUGUAUCAAAUUUAUCAUUUACUGCAAUCAGUUAUACUACAGCAGAGCUUAGCUGGGAGACCAGUGCUACUGAUACUGUUCAAUCAUUCUUUGUUCAUCUCUAUACUAAUACAUCAGUCGAUGUUGCAUCAUUCAUUGUAUACAAUCAAAGACUUAAUGUUACAAAUCUAACUAAAGGAGCUGAUUAUUACGUUGUGGUUCAAGCUAAAGACUCAUUUGGAUAUAUUAGUGAUUUCUCUCCUUCACUCUAUUUCACAUUAGAUGAUCCAGACGACGUUGAAGUGGUAAACAGCUCACUUACACUGUUGCCAACGAGGAGUGACCACAACAACAAAAGUGCAGUCAUUAGAAUUAUUAUUGAAUAUCCCUUUGAUGAGAGAAGGCCACCCAUCAUGUCUUAUCUGUUACGUCACAACGCGACCAUACAUGGAAACGACACCUAUGUGAUGUAUGGCUCAAAACACUCCCAAUUCUCUAUUGAUGUUCCCAGUGGUUAUGUUGGGUCUGUUUUUACAGUCAGUAUUGCUGCUGUUAAUGCAUUGAGUACUGGCAAUUGGACAAGUGUACAUUUUGAAAUUGUACAGGAUUCUUCUAAUGCCACUGGUGUCUCUAUGACGAGUGUCUCUAGUCCUGAGUUACCAUUCACUCCUAAUAUACCAUUGACUACAUCAAGUCCAGUAAUAAGCUCUAAGACUGAUAGCACUUUUACAUCAACAACAAAUCAAAUAUUACUCCCUCCUAGUAUGACACCAAAACCAGUAGGUCAGCAGUCAUUUGUGAUUGUAUUUGGUUUACUGGCUAUCCCAAGCUUUUUACUAUUCAUUUUGUAUCUCUUCAUUUUGGUUUGUAUCUGCUCCAUAUUGGUUGCCAGAAAGAGGAAGAGGAAAUCUCCUGGUCAGAAAUGUUCCCUUGAAGCGAAUCCUUGCUAUGAGACUGUGACUACUAAUGCUAGUCUUGCUAGACAAACUUCCUCAGAUAAUGGUGGUAGAGCUCCAUCUUUUAUGAUUCUACCAAUUUCUCCUAACCCUUGCUAUGAAGAACCAUGGGCAUGUAGGUCCAACCCUUGUUACGCAGAGCCAUCAUUUCAGUUCUCAUUUGACGAAGGGUCGUCCAUAGUAACAACAGACAAUUCCUGCUAUGCUACAGCUGGCGAAUAUUGAGAACAUUAUAUUUUUAUUUUUUGCUAAUUUGAUGAUAAUGAUCAUAAUUGAAAAAUAAACCUGCGAGAUUCAAGGAGCUUCCUUUUAGCAAAAUGUGCAGGCGUUAGAU